AUGAAGCUCGCCCCGGUACUACGAAUGGCCUCCUCUCCCACGAUAACUUCUGCUUCGAGCCUGAGACCACCACUUGCCCUUCUUCCUCCUCUUCUUCUCUACCGCCGUCUACUGCGAGCGCACCGGAAACUCCCUCAGGAGCUACGGCUGUUGGGAGAUGAAUACGUGAAGGCUGAAUUCCGCGCACACCGCAAUGUGGAUAAUCCUAUACAUAUUGUUGGGUUUUUGACGGAGUGGCAGCUAUAUGCUCAGAAGUUAGAAGGUGACUCAUGGCGAGACGAGAAGUUGGACAAAGCAAAACUGGAGAAAAUGAGCGACCAGCAAAUCGGCCAGCUUUACGAGCUUAUGCAGGCAACCAAGGACGCGGGCGACAAAGACAAUGGUGAUUCAUGA